AACACAAACUCGUAGUCUUAGUUAGUUGGAUCCCUCUCUCCUCCUCUCUGAGACGAAAAUGGCGAACCUGCGGAUUGGUGGAAGAAUCGCUGAAGGAGAAAUUCAUCGAAGCUCCCUCAGAAUCUCAUCCAUGGCGGUUGCAUUCUUCCUCUUCCUCUUCCUCUCUUUCUCCUUCUUCUUCACUUCCACCACUCACACUCCUCAUCUCUCCCUUCCUCCAACUGGUUACGAGUCUGUCUCUUAUCGAAUCAAUUCCAGAAGGAGGCUCCCGUUGGCUGUGAAAUCAGACCCUCUGAAGCCGCGGCUGGAGCAGAUCCGGAAGCAAGCCGAUGACCAUCGCAAUUUGCUUCACGCAUAUGCCUCUUAUGCUCGGAGGCUUAAGCUUGAGUACUCGAAGCUUGUUAGGGUCUUCGCUGAUCUUUCCCAGAACUAUACGGAUCUCAAUAAUGAACCCACGUAUCGUAGUCUCUUUGAGCCUGAAACGGCUUCCAUGGAUGAGGCUCUGCUUCGUCAGUUUGAGAAAGAGGUGAAAGAGCGUAUUAAAGUCACGAGACAAGUGAUUGCCGAAGCGAAAGAAUCAUUCGACAAUCAACUUAAGAUCCAGAAGUUGAAGGAUACUAUUUUUGCAGUGAAUGAGCUAUUGUCGAAAGCUAAGAAACAAGGUGCUUUCUCAAGUUUAAUUGCAGCCAAGUCUCUUCCAAAAAGCUUGCACUGCAUUUCAAUGAGGUUGAUGGAAGAGAGAAUUGCAAAUCCGGAUAAAUAUUCAGAUGUGGGAACGCCAAUACCACCAGAAAUAGAGGAUCCAGAACUCUACCAUUAUGCAAUAUUCUCAGACAAUGUAGUCGCUGCAUCGGUGGUUGUUAAUUCAGCCGUUAAGAAUGCCGAAGAACCGUGGAAGCAUGUGUUUCAUGUUGUUACUGACAAGAUGAAUCUUGGGGCAAUGCAAGUUAUGUUCAAACUGAAGGACUAUAAUGGAGCUCACAUUGAAGUCAAGGCAGUGGAGGAUUAUAAGUUCUUGAAUUCUUCCUAUGUUCCAGUGCUUCGCCAAUUAGAGUCUGCAAAUUUGCAGAGGUUUUACUUUGAGAACAGUGUUGAAAAUGCAACCAAGGAUACAACAAAUAUGAAGUUCAGAAAUCCCAAAUAUCUAUCGAUUUUAAACCAUUUGCGGUUUUAUUUGCCUGAGAUGUAUCCAAAACUACACAGAAUUCUGUUUUUGGAUGAUGACAUAGUAGUCCAGAAGGACUUGACUGGCUUGUGGAAGAUCGAUAUGGAUGGAAAAGUAAACGGCGCGGUGGAGACGUGCUUUGGCUCGUUCCAUAGAUAUGCACAGUACAUGAAUUUUUCACAUCCAUUAAUCAAAGAGAAGUUCGAUCCCAAGGCGUGCGCGUGGGCUUAUGGAAUGAACUUUUUCGAUUUGGACGCUUGGAGAAGGGAAAAAUGCACAGAAGAAUAUCACUACUGGCAGAAUAUGAAUGAAAAUCGGACCCUGUGGAAAUUGGGAACGCUGCCUCCUGGUUUAAUCACAUACUAUUCCACAACAAAGCCACUGGACAAGACAUGGCAUGUCCUUGGACUCGGUUACAAUCCGAGCAUCGGGAAGGACGAGAUCGAGAACGCUGCAGUCGUGCACUUCAACGGGAACAUGAAGCCAUGGCUAGACAUUGCCAUCACUCAAUUUAAGCCAUAUUGGACCAAGUAUGUGGAUUAUGAUUUGGAGUUUUUCCAAGCCUGCAAUCUUGGCCUUUAAAUUCUGCCUGUUCAUCCAUGUAGUGUUGUUGUAGGAGGACAGAUCUUGGCUCUGCUUGUCCAAAGGAAAGCAUUAACCAUUUUAAGCAUCUAUAAAUAUAUCAUCAUUUUGGUUCCACUUUUUUGUACAAUAGGAAUAUUUUAGUUUAAAAGUAAUUAUAUAACUUUUUUUUCA